AUGGCCGUACCGACAAAGCCUACUGUGACUGAAAGUCAUACCACUGAACUUGCCGUCAUUCCAUCAAGACUUCUUGGAGGAUCGCCAAAUGCUGUCGACCUAAAGAGGGAUGGGACAGAUAAGGAGCCUCCAUCUCCAGUCGUCAGUGUCCCGUCCCUGGUGCCCGUAAAUCAGGAUGGCCGCCCUGUUGCCUCCGAAGAAGAGAUUGCAACUCUCCUCCACGUGGUCGACGACAUCCCAUCCCGUACAUGGAUCGCCUGCCUAAUUGGUGCCUGUGAGCGGUUCGUCUGGGCUGCAGGUACCAUGCCGCUGCAAAACUAUAUCCAAAAUGCCCCUGGAGGCGCCAUCCCCGGCGCACUUGGGCUCGGCCAAGCCACCGCAUCCAACAUUGUCAACGCGUUGAUGAUCUCCUCCUACGUGACGCCCAUCCCAGCUGCUAUCCUGGCAGAUUCAGGACACGGCCGCUAUAGGACCUUGGUAUGGUCGUGCAUAAUCGAAGCCAUUGGCGGCACUAUAUUGGCCGCCACGUCUUGGUCGGGCGCAUUCGAGGCCGGAGCUGCUCUCCCGGGCAUGAUUGUCGCCCUUGUGUUUCUUUCGUUUGGCUCUGGCGCUUUCAAGACUGCCGUGAUACCUUUUAUCGUUGACCAAUACGAGGAAACAGAUUUCCGCGUGAAGACGUUAAAGUCUGGAGAGAAAGUUGUCACGAGCCGAGAAUUGACAAUCACGUUUAUCUAUAAUGCAUUCUUCUGGGCCGAAAAUGUAGUCGCAAUUGUUACAGUUGCCACGCCUAUUCUGGAACGAUACGUCAAUUUCUUUGCUGCGUAUCUCGUACCCUGUGUGGUCAUGUGGCUCACCUUGAUACCACUUCUCCUGGCUAAGAAGAGAUUCGCCAAUACCAAGACAGUGGAGGAGAAUGUUAUCCCGGCAGUAGCAAAGGCUCUGUGGUGUGGUGCCACGAGCGGAUUCAAGAUGGACGCCGCCAAACCAGCUGCUCAACUUGAUCGGAAGCGUCGAGCCGUCCCGUGGACCGACUCUUUCAUCGACGACAUCAAAACCAGUCUGCUGACAUGCCGUGUGCUCUUGAUAUUCCCUGUUUACUGGCUCUGUUUCAACCAGGCGUUCAACAAUCUGAUCUCCCAAGCGGGGCAGAUGGUCACUUAUGGUAUUCCAAACGAUGUGAUCAUGGUCACUGGAGCCAUAGCCGGUGUCUUUGUCGGCCCCCUCGUCCAAUACGGCCUGUACCCCUUUCUGACCCGGCGUCGUAUCCGCUUCGGCCCCAUCGCGCGCAUCACCUUCGGAUUCGGCCUUCUAACCAUAUCCAUGGCCUACAUCGUCAUUGUCCAGCACCUCAUCUACCGGAAAGGGCCAUGCUACGACCACCCCCUCACCUGCGCUGCGGGCCGAAACAUGCCCAACCAGAUCAGCGUCUGCAUCCAACUUCCAUUCUACUUCUUAUCUGAGCUGGCGUCCGUCUUUUGCUGCACGACAGGGACUGAGUACGCAUACAACAGAGCUCCAAAGAGCAUGAAGACGCUGGUACAGGCUAUAUGGAACCUGAUGGCUGGAAUCGGGAGCAUACUUGCCUUGCCACUCAGCCCGCUGGCACAGGAUCCUCGGCUUGUUAUCAUGUACGGCGUGUUGACGGGGUUGAUGGGCGUUGGCACAGUUACGACGUGGGUAAUCUUUGGGCACCUGGACAAGGAGGAGACUGCCAUGCUGUGA